AGAAAACAAAUUCAACACUAAACAAAGGUGCUCACCUUACAGAAUGGUUAAGUAGCAGCGCCAUACAAGAACACGAUCUCCCAGAGUGCUUUGCGAUGCUACACGUUUGCGUCAGUUGUGCGACAAAAAUCUGUUGCUAAACAAACCAAGCACGGAUGUUUUAACAUCAUAUAAUAAUCAUAUAAUAAUGGACUUGGAACAGCCAAAAGAAGAGUGUUCUCCAGCCCAACCUACACCCGCAGCUCCAUCUCAGUCAAAGAGACCAGACCAGGCUCUGUAUGUCCCCAAGAAGCAAGUUCACGGCUCCAAAGAGAAAGCCCGGACUCAGGACGGAGUUAAACCAAGACCUAGGCCUCGUUACACAGACAAAGCCAGAAAAAAUGCAAAGAACAAGAAAGACAAGGCUGGAACAGUGGAUAAGGGAGCGCCUGUGGGAGGAGAGGAUGGAGGUGAGAGACUGGAUGAUGAAGAUAAACCUGAUGUGAAAGAAGGGCGGUUGCAGGAGGAAACAGAUGUGCAGGUAAACGGGCACACUGACUCAACCAAUGUGGUGGCAGAUGCUGUCUCGCGGCUGGAAGCAACAUCUCUUCAGGAAGAACAGGCAGAAGAGGAGAGCUGGGACACCUUGUUCAACGAUGAUGGUGAUUGUCUGGAUCCACACCUGCUUGAAGAGCUGGCUGUGAAGGAAGGUAGAAAGAAGGAGUCAAUCCAGGAGCCCAGGUUUGAUUACUACAACAUGGACCAAGAUGACGACGAUGACAUUGACCUCAGGGAGGAUGAGCUCUCUCACAUUGUAGAGAUCUACGACUUUCCUGUAGAGUUUAAGACAGAGGAUCUUCUCAAGUUAUUUCAGUGCUACCAACAGCGAGGCUUUGACAUCAAGUGGAUUGAUGAAAGACAUGCCCUGGGCCUCUUCUCAAGCCCCAUAGCAGCCCGUGAAGCUUUAAGAUCUAAACAUCCGCUGAUGAAAUUGCGACCACUCUCCAAGUCAUCUUCUGCUACAAAGGCCAAAGCCCGUAGCUGCUCAGACUACCUCCUGCCUGCUAAAGAGAGACCUCAGACAAGUGCUGCACUGGCUCGCAAACUUGUGAUCGGGGCCCUCGGUGUAAGGAGCAACCUGACAAAGGAGCAGCGCGAGGCAGAGAGGAGGAAACUCCAGGAGGCGAGAGAACAAAAGCGCCUGGCAGCCAGACAGAGGGACGAUGCCUGGGAGGGGAAGUGACUCAACAGAAAACUACCAUCACCCUUUUUUUUAGAUUCCUUGAUACAGCAGAAGCUAAAGUCCCACAUGUUUUCUUCUCCUGCUCUGUUUUUUUCAACCGGCCUCUCCUGUCUUCCCAGAAAUUGAUUACCACCAUUUUUUCUUUCUUUCUGCCAGAGUCCUUCACAAACUGUCCACCUGAUUGCAGUGUGACAUCAUAUGAGAGCAUCCUACUACUCUUCCUCACAUUCAUGUUCAUUCUUUGUCUGUGCAGGGACUGUUGCCUCUGUGCCAAGGCUAACACACCUGCUGUCAUUUCAUAACAUUGUAAACACAGUGUGUGGUGAAGCACUGACUCUAAUCAUUUGUAAAGGAUAAAAAUAAUUUUUUGAAUAGCUCUAAGGCUUCAUGUUGAUCUUUGUACAGAAUUAUUUUAGCGCUUUGAAAGAUGACACAUGUCAACAGACCUGAAAAUGUCAGGGCAGCAAAACUUUGAAAGUCCUGUAAUAUUGAAUUCAUGAUGAUACAAUAUAUCUUUAUACUGUAUAUGAAGAUGUUGAGGUUAAACUUAAAAAUGUGUCACUUAAAAAGUCUACAGUCAGUAUGAUGAGUGUAUCUUGUUUGUCUUGUUAAAGUUUUCCGGAGAAAUGAAAAGUCUACAGCCAAAGAAA